AUGAAGUCUGCCGGCCUCUUGUCUCUUACCUUCCUUCUAUCGGCUGUUCCCGCCUUUGCCCAGUGGGGUAACCCUCAGGCAGUCACCAUCAAGCUCGCCAACGACCACACCGGUGCUUGGGCCAACGAGGCCAUCCCUGUUGAUGGCAGGAGCUACCCCAUCAGUGCUUUCUGGGGCAAUUCUGCCCUUUCGCAAAACGGCGGAGUCUCUGCUACGAAUGCGGAGCUCAACUCCUAUGGCCAGAAUGCCCACUGCAAUAUUGAGUGCUCCCACGGCAACUUGGCUCUCAAUGCCCAGACCACUUACCUGUCCUUCGAGUAUGGGCAAGUUGUGAACUUGAAGGAUGCCACUGUGGCUUGCCAGGUCCCCCACUGGUAA